AUGGCGGACGACACAUCGUUGAAAUUAGGGCAAAUAUUUUCCUCUUUUGAAGAGGUCAAAGCUGCGAUCAGUCGCUAUGAAAAGAAGAAUUAUGUCAAUUUGUAUGUAAAUGACUCCAGAACGAUUUCUUCGACAAUUAAAAGAACGCCAAGCAAGGUUAUCAAAGCUGAGUUGCAGUACUCCCACAUCAAUUACGCUUGCGUUGCUGGUGGCAGAACGUUAAAAUCGAAGUCAAAAGGAACAAGGCCGAAUCAAAGGUUAGUUUUUUCUUUAAAAUUCUCAAUGUAAAGUUGUUACCUUUGUCUAAGGAUUUUUGAUCGUUUGUUGAUAGCACGUUUAGAAAGGAUUGCAAUAUGGAAGUGAAGUUGAGAGCAACAAAAGAUGGUAACUUUCUGGAAGUGGCUGUCCUCAAUGAGACCCAUAAUCACGAAUGCGACGAGGUAUGUUGUGUCUAGAUUUAAUUUGGUUUAUACUGAAAUUUGCUGUUAUUUGUUGUUGAUAAUCCAAUGCAAUUUUCAGCUUUUCAUUGUCAAAUUGUGACAUUUAUAGGCCUAGCAGCCCUAGCUCAAUUGCUAGGGUGAAUAGCAAUGUGACUGAAUACAAGUCUUUUAAGCCCCCAAGUCAAUUUGUUCCCAAAUUGAUUUGCCCCAAGUUGAUUCGCCUAAAGCCAUUUUGUGCCCCCAAGUAAUAAGAUGUCAAAGUAGUUUUGUCCCCUGAUAAUCACAGCCCAGGGAAUUGUGUCAUUUCUCUAUUGUAAAAAAAAUAAUUAGCACAUUGGUCACUGCAUCCUGAUAAUAGUAAGUGUGUUAAGACAUCCGAAGGGGGUGGAGUAUGGAUAAAAAUGUUUAUUGCUUUAUUUGAUAAGUUGGGGUUUUUUUUGGGGGGAGGGGGUGGACAACUUUCACAUCUAAUGACUUGGAGGCGGAAUAACUUUGGUAUCGAAUGACUUUGAAUCGACUUGGGGGUGAAACGACCGGAUACCAUGUGAUCAGCAACAAACAUGACAUUACUGGGUGAUGUGUGUGGGGUAAAAUAAAUAGGCCACCAUGGUCUUAGAUACUGUAGGUAGAGAAGUAUUAUGAGAAAAUUGAAAAAAAAAUUCAAGUCAAAUGCCCCAGGUAAUAGAUCUCUAUUAUUUUAAGGUAUCGUUUAAGCACUUCCCAAAGCAAAGAAGACUAGGUAAUGAAACAUUGAGCGAGACGGACAAAUUGUUGAAGAUGAAGUGCAACAAAAAAGUUUUGCAGAAUCAUUUGCAAACGAUAAGUGGGAAAGUAGUGACGUGUCGUGACAUAUCAAACAUGAAAGCAAAAUUGUCGUCUAGCAAGUCUAAUCGAAAUGACAUUGAAAAGCUUGUGAAGAAGCUUCGGGAGAAUGAAGGUAUGCUUUGAUCUACUGUAGCUUGCCAGCAGGCUCUCAAGGUGAAAUGAGAGCCUGCACUGUUGACAAACAAUUUUGCAAGAGACACACCACUGAAGCACAAUAUUCAUGUGAUAACAAAUUUAUUUUUUCAUGUAUAUUGCUACAUGGGCGUACCGGGCGGGGGGAGGGGGCGGCAGCCCCCCAGUUUGUUGGGCAAACAAAGCCAGUCGGGCAAUAUUCGCUUCAUAGUCAGGCAAUAUUGUGGGAAAUUUUGUGGGAAAUAUGCUAUCUAAUAGGAAUUUUUCGUAAUCACUCACCCCCUCCCCCCCCGGUCAACCCGCUCUCCCAUUGCUCUAUAUGGCUACAGUGUUAUACUGCAUUAGAUCUAGCGUUGGCCCACAAAAAACAAAAUUUGAAAUCAAGUACAUGAACUAUUAAAACAUUAACUUAAAGAUGCCCAGGUUUUUUUUGGCAAGGCAACUUGCCCAAUCGGGCAGGCAAGAUAAAAUGUUCACUUGCCCGUCAUGAUAUCCACUUACCCCAGGCAAGUAUUAAGUUACACCUCUGCAAUUAAUUAAGACUUCUAUAGGCAUUAAGUAUUUUGUGUUGUGUACCCUACAUUGGUAUUAUUAAGUUAAUGAAUUUCUUACAGUAGAUAUGCACCAAUGUUACAUACUGGUACCCUAGAGAAUCUAUGUACAGCUAUAUGUGCUAAACAUAGGCCUGUGAUGGUUUGCACUUUGCAGUACAGCUUUUAUAUAUCUACAGUUAAAUUGCAGGUUAAGAAGUAAGAAUAUCUGUUUGUCUAUUCAGAAUGAGACAGAUGUUAUCUGUUUGUCUGUUCAGAAUGAGGCAGUGUUAUCAAUCAUUCUAUUUGUAUAUAAAAUGAAUGGAAAUGAAUGAUAGAUGGUGAAUAGCAUUGAAGAUUAUUUGAGUGUUGCCGUUUGCACUCAUUCCACAGGGACCAACUCAACAAAAGCCAUGGCAGCCAUGUUAAUUGGUGUUCCAGAAAAGUCUAAUUAACCCAUUGAGUCGCAUUGCACCCUGAUGCACCCUACUUUAGUAUUUUACUCUGUCUAACGCCAGACGAUUUUACUCGUCAAGGGGAGAGCGCUGGCGCUUAAUGGAUUAAAAUUAUUUUGAAUUGGAACACCAACAUGGCGGCUGUGAAGUCAUGUGCAGACAUUCUGUAAUUAAUUAAGAACUUUCUUUUUAGGUGCUACUGCAGAAGUUGUCGUGGAUGAAGAGAACAACCUGUUGGGUAUAUAUUAUCAAGAUAAACCAAUGAAGAUUGCAUAUGAUUCGUUUCCAGAGAUGCUGUUUAUCGAUGCCACAUACAAACUGAACGAACUCAAAAUGCCUCUGUAUAUAAUGCUUGGGGAAGACGGUAACGGAGAAAGCGAGAUCUUCUGCACAUUCAUUGUCUCCAAUGAAGAAAAGCCAACCAUUCAGAAAAUGGUCCAGAUCUUUAAAAAUCAUAAUCCCACAUGGACAGAGACUAAAACAGUCAUGACUGACAAAGAUUUUGUUGAAAGACAAGUCUUCAAAGAGGAGUUUCCUAAUGUCCAUUUGUCCAUAUGCCUCUUCCAUUCACAGAGAUCUUUCAGAAGGGAGGUAACAACAGAUAAAAUGGGCAUAACCCCGGAAGAACGGAACCUGUGUUUGGAAAUAUUCCAAAAGAUGUCAUAUGCCAAGAAUGAGGAAGAGUACCAAAGCUUGUACGCUGAUUUAGAGAAAGCGAGUGUCCCCAGUGUCUUGGAAUACUUCAAAAGUAACUGGCAUGAAGACCACCGGGAGUGGGUUGAGGGUCUCAAGUCAGCAAACUUGACAUUCCUUAACCGAACUAACAACAGGUAAGUAACUGCCCUUUCCUAGCGGGAGGGAGGGGGGCUUUUGUCCUUUUAGCACCCUUUGGACAAAUCUGGCUAACGCUUAACAAAAAAAUACUUGUGGUUCCAGUUCCCAACGACCCUAUUUUUUUCAGGGUUUUUUUUUUGCCUAACAGUGACUUUUACUUAGCUAGUAUACUGUAAUGGUUCUUUCCUUGAAGUUAAAAAUCUCUUUAGAUUAGAAUCCCUGAAUCAAAAGAUCAAGACAGUGUGUACCAGGAAUACUGGCCUUGACCAAUUUUACGAGGAACUUUUAGUGGUGUUUCAGUCCAUCAGGACCACACGUGACCACAGGGCAAUAACAUUUUUGCAAAAACGACCUGUUUGUCUGUAUGCUGAAGGUACAGCGGAAGCCCGAUACAUGACACUUUUGACCCCUUAUGCAUUUGGCUAUGUUGUUCAACAGCUACAAUUGGCUACUAAAGUUAAAAACGUGCACAGAAAGGAGUUGGGAAUCACUGAUGAUUUUGAAGUUGAUGCAUCAUCCGGCAAAUUAACUGUUUCAGACUGUCAUUGUGACUGUGCAUUCUUCACAGCAAUGAUGCUCCCUUGCCGGCACAUCUUUGCAGUUCGCAGUAUAUUGAAGAAGGAUGCUUUUGAUUUGUCUAUCUGUGCUACAAGAUGGACAGUGGCUUACUACAAGUCUAAACAUCAUGUCCUCAAGAGCCAGGGACAUGAGUUUAGUUCAACUCCAGAGGAAAUGGCUCCAAUAUGUGUUCAGCAACCGGCAACAAAAAAUAUCAUGUCACAGCAUGAGAAGUACAGGAAAACCUUUGCAACAUGCCAAGCUUUGGCAACAUGUGCAUCAGAAUUUCCUAUUCGAGAAUUCCACCAAAAGAAUGCUAUUUUGGAAAUGAUAUUGGCAGCAUGGAGAAAUGGCGAAGAAAUUGCUGUGCAAAGAGUUGUGCAGGACGACAAUGAGGGUAUGUUGUUGCAUAGUUAAUAGAAUAGAUGGUUUGGAAACUCAUUAGAAUCUCAUUAUCUAUUUUUGGUGUUGCCAAAUCCACUAUUGGUUAGUUGGGCAAAAAUACAAUAGGCAUGUGACCGUGAACGACUAGAUUUAUGAAUAAAGGUUGACUAACAUAAAUAAUGAGUUUCCAAACCAUCUAUUCUACUACUGUGGCUAUUGUUCCACAGGGUGUUAGCUACAGUACAAUAAAAAAUUAUUUAAACACAGUUUUAAUAGAGCUAUAUUAUAAAUAUUCAAUUACAGUAAUUCCCCCCAAUUUCAGUUAAACAAGGAUUUUUUUUUAUUUCUGGCUAACAACUGGCUCCACUGCCCUGAAAUUACUCCAACAUUGGUAAAUUCAGAAAAAAAAUGAGAUAAGUCACACAGUCAAGUAACACAGUCAAGUAUUACUGAAUCACAGCAUCACUCCAAUAUUGGUAAAACAAAAACCAUGAGUUCAAUGAGUGGGUGGACAUAUAAUUAAACAGAUUUUUUCCAUUUUUAGAAAAUGUAGAAAUCCAACCAGACAAGAGUGUCCCAUUAGCUGAUGUGAAUACAACUCAACCACAAGGUACAGUAGGUUUGCAUCUUUUUCACACAUACAAUGUGCUCCACUUUCACAAAGAAAAGGUCAGCAAGAUACAUAUGUUGUACUUUUCCAGCAGCUUGUAGUCAGAUCAAAAUCCCUCCUGUUAUGCCCAAACGUGGACGUCCAAAAGGAGCUGACCUAACAGUCAUUGGAAUACCAAGAAAAAGGAAGGAGAAGAAGAGUUCUGGAAAGGAUAAGCCAACACCUUUUAUGAAAAAGCAUGCUACUGAUAAAGAUAAAGGUAAGAGAUUGGGAAAAAAAACCAGUAUUAUAAUAGUAAAAAUAUCUAUGAACUAAACUAGUUUGUAAAAUAUUAAUAAUUAUUAUUUUUAUAUGCUUAGUUAUGUUGUCAUGGUUAUUGUCAAAGGAUGAUGUUACUUCAGCUUUGAGUGGUGGUAUUAUCGACGAAACUGCUGUUGAAGUCCGACCAGAAAAGGUGCACCCUGGUUUAAUCGAUGAAAAUGUGAAUGUGUCAAGGCUCAGACCUUACUUCAACAAAGAUGCCUGGUUAUUGGUUAACCAGAUAAUUGCACAAGUGAGACAAGAUCCAACUUGGCUUUGCAAUGUGUGCAAAUGUGAUGUCGAAGAAGAUUGUGUGUCAUGUGACAGUUGUUUAAAUUGGUUUCAUUUUGAAUGUGUGACACUGAAGAAUGCACCAAAGGCAAAAUAUUGGUUUUGCAGGAAAUGUCAUAGUUUAUGCAAAAAUAAAUAG